AACAAAGCAUGGAGUACUGAGAAAAAAUAAACGGAAUUUAACGACGAUUAAAACCCUAACAAUAAAACUCACUCAUAUUAGUUCAAUGAAAUCAAAGAAGAUAAAAUGCAAGUGCUGCUUCAUUGCCUUUGUAUCACAAACAAGUCGCAGUCCGACUGAACUCGCCGGAAAAUCAAAACUUCACCGGAAAACACCGUAGCAAGGAAAACCACCACAAACAGCCACGAUGUCCAGGUUUGCGAUUGAAUCCAUUAUGCAGAGAAAAAGAAGUGAUGUGCUACGAAAACCUAGGGUUAAUUGUGAUGCAAUAUUUCAGCAUUACUUUGGGUUGUUAUCAUCACAUGCUCACAAUGAGAAGAAUGUGAAAGAUACAAUUGUUGUUUCUGAUGGAUUAAAAACUGAAAAUAAGCUCAAGAAGCUUAAGCUCAAAUUUGGGGGUGUUACUCAUACUAUUCAUACCAAGCCUUCUUCUGAUGCUCGUAACCCUAAGUGCAUGCAGGACAAUGCAGGUAAUGAUGUCCACUCUUAUGAUAAGAAGAGAGGCCAUGGGGACAAAUUGGUUAAGCUUUCAAGAACUGAUCAUAGUCAUGCUGCUGAGAAUCAUUCACAUAAAAGAAAGGCAACUGAACAACAUGUCCGUAAGAGCAAGCGAGUUACUGAGAAAUGUGCCAUGGAUGUGGGGUGUAGCGAUGAAGAUGAUGAUGCAGAACUUCAUUUUCUUGAAAAAAUCAAUGCAUCAAAAAGAGGAGUUAGUCGCCAUAAGGAUAAUCAAGGAGGCACAACAAUGCGUGGUGUUUGUAAAGAUGCAUCAGGAAAGAACUAUGAGGAUCGGGACUAUAUGCAAGAAGACCCUACAUCAAGUGAUGAAUCAAUAUUAGAAGGGAAGAAGCCAAAGAGGGAAUCUGUUGGUUUACUUGUACCAAGAAAGCAUUCCACCCGCAAUAAUCAUAAUUGUUCAGUUGAGUCUUUCAAAGAUGCGCUAUCUGGGUCAGUUGCAAGCAUUAUUGACAUCUCAGAUAAAAAGGGCAAGUUGUCAGAGGAACAGCUAAUCAAGAAAGCUGAGGCUGCAAAGAGACGAAAAAUUCAAGCUGAGAAGGCAGCUAGGGAGGCCGAGGAAGCAGCCAUUAAGAAGAUACUUGGUCAAGAUCCUGCUAGGAAGAAGAAAGAGGAAAAGAUGAAUAAGCACAGGGAUGAAAUAGCCAAGGAAAAAUCUAGCAAACCCUUCAAUCUAGCAUCAAACACUGUUCGAUGGACUAUGGGUCCCAAUGGAACCGUAGUAACUUUUUCUGAUGAUAUUGGUCUGCCAAGUAUCUUCCAAACAAUGCCUAACAGUUAUCCUCCCCCAAGAGAAAAGUGCGCAGGUCCAAACUGCACUAAUGCUUACAAGUAUCGGGAUUCCAAGUCAAAGCUUCCCCUUUGUAGUCUUGGUUGUUACAAAGCAAUUCAUGAAAAAAUCUCACCUGUGAUUGCAUGUUAGUCCUUGUAAAUAGUAGUUGGAUAUUAUAUCUUGCAAGACUUGGAAGGUUUGUGAUUUGGCCAGGAGGAUAUGUGGAAAUGUAUGUGGAAAAAUUAUCCAAAUAGACCUAUUUGUCUCAAUUCUGUCUUGUUUCUAUUCA